AUGUCCCGUGUCCCCGGGUCGGGCGGGGCCGCCCGAGGGGCCGCAGGGACCACUGGGAUCCCCCGGGAUCCCCCGACACGCCCCCGGUGUGUCUUCCAGGAGCAGCUGCAGCCGCCCGCCAUUGACAUCCCCAUGGCUCGCCUGACCGUGUCCUACAGCCGGAGCAGCGGCCCCGGCGGGCAGAAUGUUAAUAAAGUGAAUUCCAAAGCAGAGGUUCGCUUCCACCUGGCAUCAGCCGACUGGAUUCCCGAAGCUGUGAGACAGAAAAUGGCUCUGAUGCACAGGAAUAAGAUAAACCGGGCUGGUGAGUUGAUUGUGACCUCAGAGGAGAGUCGCUACCAAAUGAGGAAUCUGGCAAUUUGCCUGGAAAAAAUCCGGACCAUGGUCACAGAGGCGAUUGAGAAACCCAAGGUGGUGUCUAAGGAGACAGCACAGAAACUCAUAGAGAGGGUGGAAAAAAUGAACCGGGAACGGCUACGACAGAAAAAAAUACACUCAACUAUAAAACAGAGCAGGAAGGCAGAUUUUGACUGAGAACAGCAGAGAUCCAAGCCCUUGGCAUUCUGUCUUCCUAAAGAAGUGGUGUUGGCAGCUGUAGAUGAUGCUAAACUCAUGAGCUGUAUUGAAUAAAAAUAGCCUGACAGUGUAAAUAAAAAUAUUUAACAUC